GGGGGCGCUGGGGGGCGCUGUGGGGCGCUAUGGGGCUGUACGGGUCCCUAUGGGGCUCUAUGGGGCUCUACGGGUCCCUAUGGGGCUCUAUGGGUCCCUAUGGGUCUCUAUGGGGCGCUAUGGGGUCCCUAUGGGGCUCUAUGGGGUCCCUAUGGGGCUCUACGGGGUCCCUAUGGGUCUCUAUGGGGCUCUAUGGGGACCCUGGGGGGUCACUUGGGGGGCGCUGUGGGGCACAUAUGGGGCUCUAUGGGUCAGUUAUGGGUCUCUACGGGUCAGUUAUGGGUCACUAUGGGUCUCUACGGGUCAGUUAUGGGUCGCUAUGGGUCACUUGGGGGUUUCUAUGGGUCACUUGGGGGUCACUGUGGGUCUCUAUGGGUCACUUAUGGGGCACUUGGGGGUCCCUGUGGGUCACUUAUGGGUCCCUAUGGGGCACUAUGGCUCAGUUAUGGGGCACUUGGGGGUCUCUAUGGGGCACUGUGGGGUCACUAUGGGUCCCUAUGGGUCACUAUGGGGUCAUUAUGGGUCCAUAAGGGUCACUUAUGGGGGUCUGUGGGUCACUUGGGGGUCAGCUAUGGGUCUCUAUGGGUCGCUAUGGAGCAGUGAUGGGUCUCUAUGGGUCUCUAUGGGUCAGUUAUGGGUCUCUAUGGGUCUCUAUGGGUCAGUUAUGGGUCGCUAUGGGUCGCUAUGGGUCAGUUAUGGGUCGCUAUGGGUCGCUAUGGGUCGCUAUGGGUCAGUUAUGGGUCGCUAUGGGUCUCUAUGGGUCGCUAUGGGUCUCUGUGGGUCAGUUAUGGGUCUCUAUGGGUCGCUAUGGGUCAGUUAUGGGUCAGUUAUGGGUCACUUAUGGGUCCCUAUGGGUCCCUAUGGGUCGCUAUGGGUCAGUUAUGGGUCGCUAUGGGUCAGCUAUGGGUCUCUAUGGGUCGCUAUGGGUCAGUUAUGGGUCUCUAUGGGUCUCUAUGGGUCAGUUAUGGGUCGCUAUGGGUCGCUAUGGGUCGCUAUGGGUCAGUUAUGGGUCGCUAUGGGUCUCUAUGGGUCGCUAUGGGUCUCUGUGGGUCAGUUAUGGGUCUCUAUGGGUCGCUAUGGGUCAGUUAUGGGUCACUUAUGGGUCCCUAUGGGUCGCUAUGGGUCGCUAUGGGUCGCUAUGGGUCUCUAUGGGUCAGUUAUGGGUAGCUAUGGAUCUCUAUGGGUCUCUAUGGGUCCCUAUGGGUCUCUAUGGGUCGCUAUGGGUCAGUUAUGGGUCAGUUAUGGGUCAGUUAUGGGUCAGUUAUGGGUCAGUUAUGGGUCUCUAUGGGUCAGUUAUGGGUCGCUAUGGGUCAGUUAUGGGUCAGUUAUGGGUCGCUAUGGGUCAGUUAUGGGUCAGUUAUGGGUCAGUUAUGGGUCUCUAUGGGUCAGUUAUGGGUCUCUAUGGGUCAGUUAUGGGUCAGUUAUGGGUCUCUAUGGGUCAGUUAUGGGUCUCUGUGGGUCAGUUAUGGGUCAGUUAUGGGUCGCUAUGGGUCAGUUAUGGGUCAGUUAUGGGUCAGUUAUGGGUCUCUAUGGGUCAGUUAUGGGUCUCUAUGGGUCAGUUAUGGGUCAGUUAUGGGUCAGUUAUGGGUCUCUAUGGGUCAGUUAUGGGUCAGUUAUGGGUCAGUUAUGGGUCGCUAUGGGUCAGUUAUGGGUCAGUUAUGGGUCAGUUAUGGGUCAGUUAUGGGUCAGUUAUGGGUCGCUAUGGGUCAGUUAUGGGUCGCUGUGGGGCAGUUAUGGGUCAGUUAUGGGUCUCUAUGGGUCUCUAUGGGUCUCUAUGGGUCAGUUAUGGGUCUCUAUGGGUCAGUUAUGGGUCGCUAUGGGUCAGUUAUGGGUCAGUUAUGGGUCUCUAUGGGUCUCUAUGGGUCUCUAUGGGUCAGUUAUGGGUCAGUUAUGGGUCUCUAUGGGUCUCUAUGGGUCAGUUAUGGGUCUCUGUGGGUCAGUUAUGGGUCAGUUAUGGGUCGCUAUGGGUCAGUUAUGGGUCGCUAUGGGUCAGUUAUGGGUCGCUAUGGGGCAGUUAUGGGUCUCUAUGGGUCGCUAUGGGGCAGUUAUGGGUCGCUAUGGGUCUCUAUGGGUCAGUUAUGGGUCGCUAUGGGUCAGUUAUGGGUCUCUAUGAGUCUCUAUGGGUCUCUAUGGGUCGCUAUGGGUCGCUAUGGGUCAGUUAUGGGUCUCUAUGGGUCUCUAUGGGUCGCUAUGGGUCAGUUAUGGGUCGCUAUGGGUCAGUUAUGGGUCGCUGUGGGGCAGCGCGUCUCUCUCUC